AUGACUGCUCUUGUAACUGGUGGAGCCAGCGGAAUCGGGCAUGCCAUAGUAGAGGAGCUAGCCAAUUUUGGAGCUAGAAUUCAUGUAUGCGACAUAUCUGAAACACUGCUCAAUCAAAGUCUAAUCGAAUGGGAAAAGAAAGGGUUUCAAGUGAGUGGUUCGAUCUGUGAUGUAUCCUCUCGUACCGAGAGAGAAACACUUAUGCAAAACGUCUCAACAAUGUUCGAUGGAAAGCUCAACAUUCUAGUGAAUAACGUUGGGGGAUGUCGCAUAAGGCCAACAAUAGAAUAUGGGGCAGACGAUUUCUCGUUCCAUAUUUCAACAAACAUUGAAUCUGCUUACCAUCUUAGCCAGCUUUCACAUCCUCUCCUAAAGGCUUCUGGAUUUGGAAACAUCGUCUUUAUUUCCUCUGUUGGCGGGGUUGUAUCAAUGGACUGUGGAUCCAUCUAUGGUUUAACUAAAGGAGCUAUGAAUCAUCUAGCAAAAAAUUUGGCGUGCGAAUGGGCAAGAGACGGCAUAAGAGCUAACUCUGUUGCUCCUAGUUUUGUUCAAACUGAGAUGGCUGAACCUCUUCUCGGAGACGCCGGUUACAAGAAGAGUUUGUUUGGUAUAACUCCACUUGGGCGUGCUGGACAACCAAACGAGGUUGCAUCACUAGUGGUCUUCUUGUGCCUACCUGCAGCUUCAUAUAUUACUGGUCAGACCAUUUGUGUUGAUGGAGGUCUCAGUGUCAAUGGUUUCACCUAUAAGCAUCAUGCUUUAGCCUAG